AUGACAUCUAAACUCACGAUCGGACUACCGAAAGCCUAUGCCGGCAAAGGAAACAAAUGCGUUCCACCCACAAAUGAUUUCCUCGCCGGGACCUGGCAUGUAACACAUUCUACCCUUCCAAUGUGGAAGGACAAACGCAACGUCAACAUCACCUACACAACGCUCCCUGCCAAUUCGUCUGGUGUAGUUAAGAUCGACGACCUUGUGAAAUAUCAAGGUAUUACUUCGGAGAAAAUUCAAUCCGUCAAAGGAGUCGAUACCCCAUCCGCAGGUAACCAGGGCGCUUGGGAUUGGCGUGGUAAAGGCUGGCUGAAGAUUGCAAGCUCUCAUUGGGAGGUUCUCGGCUUUGGCCAUACGGAUGAUGGUAACCAGUGGGUUGUCACUUAUUUCGCCAAGACUCUCUUCACGCCUGCUGGUAUUGAUAUCUAUGCCCGAAACCAGGAGGGGCUUCCUCAGGCUACCAUUGAUGAAAUUCUGCAAGCAUUGAAAGAUUUCGAAAUUAAUGAUAUUACGACCUUGGCUGAAAGCAUGUUUUCUGUUUUGCAAAAUUAG